AUGAGACCCCCAAGAGACCCCCAAGACCUCGUGGGCGGCCUCCACAUCACGAAGGUCCAGGUCCCGACGCCCCUGACCGUGGGCGAGGGCGGCUGGCUGGAGUGUGACUGGGCCGACGGCGAGAACAUCUACGCCCUCAAAUGGUACUUGGGCCUCGACGAAUUCUACCGGUGGACGCCCGCCGAGAACCCGCCCGUGAAGACGUUCAAAGUUCGAGGAGAACCGCUGAAGGUAGACAUCGAAGCCUCUCAUAAAGGUCGAGUGAGAGUGGACAAGGUGACGCUCGACGCUGCCGGCGUGUUCCGGUGCGAAGUGUCCGCCGAAGGCCCCGAUUUCCACACGGAGUCGCAUGUGGCUUCCAUGACUGUUGUAGGUAAGGGAAUAAAGGAUCUCUACAUCGCAUUCUAG